AUGUAUUCUGUACCGUCAGAGAUAGGAUAUAGUAGUAUACAAUCAGACGUAUAACAGAUAUUAUAUAACGUAGUCUCAGCGUACGUUUUCUGUUUGUUUCAGUGCACAAAAGGCUGUGGAGCGUGGCAACAAGCACUCGACGCAAGCUGUCAAACCGUCUGCGUUAGUAUAUAUUAAAAUAUUACCAUUUCUAAUUCUAAUAUUAAAUGUCUAAAUUAUUAUUUCCUUUCCCUUAUCAAUUAUACCGGAGCGCAACGUUUCAGGAAAUCUAACAUCAAUUGUAUUGUUUUUGUAGAAUGGAACGCAAGAAUUGCUACCACCCAAAGAGCUCUAUUGUGUUUUGGGUUGUCACGAUGCGUUGAAUCGUUACUUUCAACAACUAAAAGGUAAUACAAAACUCUGCUCGAAGACGAAGAUGGACACAACAAAUGCUUCUUCAAGUUGCUUCGCGUAAUGUACUUCCAUUGUAGCAUACACUUCCCUGUAUCUCCAAAGAUACAGCCUCGCCGUUAAAUUAACGGUGUUCCGCCGGUCGACUGAAACCAUCUGUGCCCUUUUAUGUCCAUGGAGCCACCCUUCAAAUUCCCGUACCUCCUAGUCAGAUCCACUUGCAAUAUAUUCUUCAAAAUAUCUUUCAACUCCUCGCCAAAAUGAUGAGCAAACUUGUAUUUACCAGAGACGAUCUUCUCGUAUAUUUUCAUCGGGUCUCGCGAGUAAAACGGUGGGUAGCCAGCGUUCAUCUCGUAAAUUAAAACACCGAAGCUCCACCAAUCGACAGACUUACCGUAACCUUUCGACAAGAUCACUUCCGGCGCGAGAUAUUCGGGAGUGCCGCACAAGGUCCAGGUUCUACCGUCGAUCAUCUUACAGAACCCAAAAUCUAUCACUCUGAUGUAGCCGGUGUUCUGGAUUAAAAUAUUCUCUGGCUUCAGAUCUCUAUAAACGAGGCUGCAAUGGUGGAGGUAUUCCAACGCGAGAGCAACCUGGGCCGCGUAGAAUCGCGCCAGUGACUCGUCAAAUUUCCCCAUUCGUCUCAGAUGCGUGAACAUUUCGCCACCGUUGAUAUACGGCAACACCAUGUACACGUACGAAUUGUCUUUGAAACAGUAUUCCAUGUAGAUGAUAAAGGGGAACCUCACGCACUGUAAUAUCCUCUUCUCGUUGUACGUAUGAUCUAUUUGCUUCAUCUUUACGAUCUUCGCUUUAUCCAGGAUCUUCAUGGCGUAAAACGCGGCCGUUGGUUUAUAUUUGACGAGUAUGACACGACCGAACGCGCCGGUACCGAUGGUCCGGAAUCGUUCGAAAUCGUUGAUCGUAACACUGUCGUGUCUGUCACUCUUCCAUUUCUCUAUGAACGUCGACUUCAGCUCGUCCAGUAUCUUUCUGUAUUCUGAAAACGCUCGCUGUCGUUCCUGAUUCAUCGCGACCUAACUUAAUUAGAAGUUACUCGUUUCUCGUGUGUGACAACGUUUCGGCGCAGACAAAUAAUCGCGGUUAUGGUAGUUUUUCGCCAUACGAUUGACAUUAGGCGAGUAUGGGAAAGCUUUCGCAACGUUGUCCCUGCGAUCGGCAUUUAUUCGUGCAAAUUUAUAUUUUUACGAACGUAAUUAAAAUUUAAAAGGGAGAAUGGAAUUGAAAUUGUUAAGGACAAAAAAUUGUUUCAUCUACUAUGAAUUGAGAGAUCUGUAUUUUUGCGUAUUCUGUAUAUUUUUCUUUCUUUCUUUUUUUUUUUUUUUUUUUUUCUUGUAAUUUGUAUGAAAAUUCAUUUGCAACGAAAUGAUUCUGCUCGACUGUAAGGGAUCUUGUACUGACAUUUAUUAAUAUUCAUCAUCAGCGGAGAUAGGUAUUCCACCGGCACCAGCUUUGGUCGCGGACUCGUUGACCGCGACGUCUCUACGACUCGAAUGGAAAGGAAUAGACAUCGAAAGACGCGGCGGAGGCCUAUCGUACUUAGUGCAAUGGAAGUACGAGGAACUGGCUGAAACCUGGCAGUACUGUAGAAAUCAAUCGUGGGCAGAGAACGACCAGAUUUUGGUGGAGAAUCUACAGCCUUACACAAAAUAUAGGUUUCGCGUAGCAUUACUGUUAAAAUCGACGCAACACAAUCCGGAGCUUAUCGUCUCCGCUCCGAGCGUCGUGAUACGAACGCUGGCGGCUGGUUUACCAACCUCGGCACCGGUAAUUGUAAGAGCGGUAGCGGUAGACAGCUGCCGCGCCUCUGUGUCUUGGGAACCGGGCCCUUUCCCGAACGGGCCACUUUUGUCUUAUGUCCUGCGACUGCAAGGGGCUGAUCACUCCCAGCUUAAGGAUAUACCAGCCUCGGAAAAUACGGACCACUACAUGUUUCAAAAUCUCAAGCCGAAUAAAAAUUAUUCCAUUAGCGUGACCAUGAGGAACGGAGUUGGGGAGGGACCGCCUGCAGUGACUUAUGUCACGACUACUCCAGAGCCGGCUGGUACGUUUCGACGCGGUGCAGAUUAUAAUCUUUCAACAAAGUUCUCGAAAACGAUUUGUGCCGAGAAAAUUGUGCGAUCGUUAACGCAGAUCCGUGGUAUUGCAGUGAAAGACACGCAACAACCAAUUUUAAUUCUCGGAGGCCAGCACGUUGUCAUGAAACAAGAUGCGGACAUGCUGGACGAUCCGAGCGUGGUUUACGAAAACACAAGCACGAUCCGAGGGAUCGCGAUUCACGUGGCUUCCGCUCAAUUGUUCAUUUCCGACUCCUUCGGAUACGUGUAUAGAACGUCCAUUACAAAACGAACGAAACCAACGGUGAUACUUAGUCCAAGUCAGGUGAACUUCAAGCCUCUGAGUUUGUCGGUGGAUUGGCUGAACCUUCACUUGUACAUUCUGGGCGAAGUGAAACACGCGACGACGGUCUGGCAGAUAGCUAGAUGCAAUCUGGACGGAAGAGGUCUAACAGUGGCCGUGGCUGGUUUCUUAACGCGGCCCACGCACAUCGAGGUAGACCCGUACAACGGUUACUUAUUCUGGGUCACCAGGGGCGGUUUGUACCGAUUGGAUCUGGCCGACAUAAGCAAUGGAGUGAAGCACGAGGUUCAGCCAUAUUUAAUUCUAGAAGAUGUUAACUUAGGAGCGUUCACCGUUGAUCACACGAACUUUCGCCUGUUAGUUCCUCAUCACAUCCAGAACACCGUAAUAUCGGUUUCUCUGGAUGGUCGCGAAGUUCUAGACCUUCGUGCCAACACGCAGCAACCGAAAUUUAAAAAUGUAGUUUCUUUAGCUAUGGUGAAUGGUUUGUUUUAUUGGACGAACGGCGAAGAAGUAUUGAUUGAAGGAUAUCAUUUGGGACAAAACCGAUAUUUUCAUAAUGCUUAUCCCGAUAGAUCGAACGGUUCGUUUGUCAGUGUGAAUGUACUUAUGGACGCGAGCCAGCCGGUUCCUGUCCCUGUGAAUCCUCCUACUGGAGUGCAAGCUGUCCUUGGUAUGGAGAGAGCGAAAGUUUCUUGGCAAGCGCCUCAUCUAUUGGGCGGUCAGGGGAAAGGUGCCUGGCAGAAUUGGUCUUACGAACUGGAGAUUAAAGAUGAGUCUACCGGAGAGACGAUCCAUCAGAAAGAUAUUGCUGGCUCGUCUCACACUGUGCACAAUCUCAAAGAGAAGUCGGAGUACUCGAUUAAGGCAGCGGCUUACACGAGCGCUGGCAGAGGACCUUGGUCCACCGAAUUCAGGGGUCGAACGUUGAGACACGGAUCACACGCAUCAAUUUUGUGGUCCGCAAACGAGGGUCUGCUAAAAAGCGACGUAACUGGAGAGAAUAUUGAUACUCUGAUCUACAAAGCAAGCUUGAAAGAAAGAGAAGUUGAUUAUCAUAUCGUUGACGUCAGCUGGUACAAGGAUGUUCUGUACAUCGUAGGAAACAAUUCUGCGUUAUACCGAUACAAUAUUACGAGUCAUCAAAAGACGAAAAUGAAUAUUCACUCUGUUGGGAGUAUUGCUGUCGAUUGGAUAUCGAAAAAAUUGUAUUGGGCUAAUCCAAAGCAACAAAUUGUGAAUAAAUAUUCUUUGUAUUUUUAAUCAUCAAGAGCCAAUGUCGAUUCUGGCCAUCGUCAAAGAAUUAAUAAUCGAUUCCUUGGAAGCGUAUCUGUAUUGGUCCACAGGUCAUGCGGUUGAAGUAGCUCGUUUAAAUGGACAAGACAGAAGAUACUAUCAUUCGGAUGAAAUAUUUAAUGGGAAACAAGUGAUGGGAUUGACAUUAGAUACGGAGAACAGAUAUGUUUAUUGGAUUGUUCGAAGCUACGAAAGUGGAUCUAUCGUUUAUCGAGCACCUACAUCCGAAAGGAUUUCGAUGAGUCAAAAAAUCGUGCCUGAAAAGGUCUCAGCUCUGCAACAUCCAAACAUGCAAGGCCCUUUAUGUUAUUUCUCAGAGCACCUACUGUGGCUUCAAGACAAUCGAAAUGCAGUGAUAGGCGAUUUGUCUGGUCAAAAUACGGCCAUAAUAAAUGGUAUCACUUUGCUGGGCCUUCACAUGGUGGCCGUCAUGGAUCCGGCGCUUCAUCAAUAUCCAAAGAAUCUUACGUCAGAGACUGUAGUUGUACUACCUAAUGCUGUCAGCUACAACAGUAUUAGAAUAGAAGGGACUUGGAGGAAUUUCAACAUAUCUUGGGAUCCAGUGAAAAAUAUCAAUUAUGGAAUUGUCUUUUAUGAAGUGAAAUUCGCAGAUUACAUCAAUACCAAUUCGAAUCCGGAGAUAACGACGGAAACAUCGAUGUCAUACAACAAUUCCGAACAGAUCUUGCCUUAUUCGGUUUUGGAAGUGACUGUGAAAGCCUUCACGUACUGGGAAACGUCACACCAUACGAGGAAGAUACUGAGAUCGCCACAAAGUGUUCCCACCCAGCCGACGAAUACUAGAGCCUUUAUAGAAUUUCAUAAAGAACCUCUGAGCGAAAAAAUCGAUAUAUUUGCGAUAUUUAGAUGGGACCAACCCGAGUUCGCAAAUGGUUUGAUCACCGGAUACACGGUUCAGUGUUGGUUCAAGGAAAACAACGUCGUGAAACAAAUCUGCGAUCAGUCGAUCAUUCCAUCUACGUUGUUAGAAAACAUUGUUCAAGAUCUCUUGCCAAAUACGACGUACUAUUUUCAAGUUCGAGCUCACACGGAAAUUGGCGCUGGACCAUACACCGACGUGACCAACGUUUCGACGACGUACGAAAAUCCGGUACCACAAUUGCUGGUCGCCACAAUGGAUGCGGUUCGGAUAUCCGACUUGGAUCAGGAAGUGAACUAUACCAUUACUCGUCAUAUCGCUGUUGAAGUGACAUAUCUGGCAGCGGAAAGCAAGAUUUAUUGGAUCAACGAGAUGCAGGAGCUGGUAACAUCGGAUUUGAAUGGAGCAAAUGCUACUAAAAUAUUGACAUUAAAUAACAGUGCAUUUAGUAUAACUGUCGAUUGGGUUGCGAGACAUCUUUAUUGGUCUGAAUCGAACUAUCGAGAAAACGGUGGAUGUAUCAUGAAGUUGGACUUGACCAUGUGGCAAGCUGGAAUUCUCAAAUACAAGAACAUCGUUAUGACGAGCAGGCGUAUUGUGAAUCUUGAUAUUUUACCGUCUACAGGGUCAUUGUAUUGGAUAGAACAAACUAGAAAAGAUGGCGGAGUGAUAAUGAAAUCGAAUUUAGACGGGAAUGAUAUUCAACCGUUCUUCAAUCAUAUAGACGACUGUUCCUGUCCUUAUAGAUCGUCUGUGUUUCCUGUGAUGACGAUCGACAGCACUAAUUAUCAAAAACCAGUCAUGUAUUGGGUUUCUUUGGAAGGUCAUUUAAAUAGUGCUGAUAUCGACGGCUGUAGGUGCAAUUUGAUAGUAAGCGCGGGCUUCAACAAAGGGCUACCGCCAAAAUCAUUGACCGUUGACAAGAUGAACAUUUAUUGGUCUAACAUCCCGGAGGAUCAGAUUUACUUUGUAAAUAAAAAGUAUCCCGAUGACGAGGAGAUCAAGCACUUUUAUUUGCCAUCUGUACGCAGUAUCAAAGCCCUCGGGAAAUCUUUACAGACUUAUCCGAUUACAAACUGUUUGAUCCCUCAUCAAGUCUCCUACAAUGUGGAAGAAAUGAGAAAAACAGCAAACACUAUUACUGUAAAGCUUCCCGAGCCGGUUGCACAAUUCGGUUGCGAAGAAUACAGCUUACCAACGACACUUUACACGAUAUACGUAUCUCAGUGUUUAGAAAAUGAUCCUAACAUGUGCGAGAACAGUGAUAGAACGAAGUUACAGACUUACGAGAAAAAGUAUGAAAUAAAGAAUUUGAAGCCUUUCACGAAGUACAGAUUGAAACUAGCGUUGAGCAACUAUUACGCUGAUUUAGAGUCGAUGAAUUUAGAGUUUGGUUCCGAUGUCGUGCUGCGGACUGAAGCUGGCACCCCUACAGCUCCAGAGAACGUAACCGUCGAGGCCUUGACACCAACUUUAGCUAUUGUCUACUGGAUGCCACCGAAAAUAUUAAACGCUGCUGCUGUACGGUACGAGGUGCACUGGAGAUUGUUUAGAUUAAUAAAUGGAGCACGACAGAAGGGAGAACAAUUUAUAAAGACUACCGAGCGCACAACUGAUGGAAGAUUCUUCACUAUAUUGGAGCCAUGGUUACCUAAUCAGGAGUAUCUGGUAUUCGUCCGUGCUUAUCCCGCCCACGUUAAUGAUGUUUAUAGCGAAAGUCCUGGACAAGUAGUGAAGAUGUACCCAGAACCUAAUAAUUUGACGUUAACUGGAUUUAACGUGAAUAGUUUAAAUGUGUCCUGGGUAUCAACAGUCAAUUUAAUGGUCAAAUACACGUUAGAAUAUACGGACGUUGCUGUAGAAGAUUGGCAAUCGGCGAACGAAUUCAAAGUGGACAAGGACAAAGUGAUGUAUUUUAUUAGGGAACUGCAACCACGAACAUUGUACAAAUUUCGUCUGCUUUUGAGAUACCCAAAUUACAAAAAAGACUACGUAUGGCCAACAGAUGGGAGAUUUACGUUUCAAACGUCAGGUGAUAUACCAAGCGCUCCAGGUAUGCCAACACUAACGAAACUUCGUAAUUCCGUGUACCAAUUGAACUGGGAACCAGCAGAAGCCCACGGUUCACAAAUCACGUUGUACCGUGUCGAAGGAAUGAAGAUCAAUGAAAUUAACGAGCAAAUAGACACUACUGGUAACACAAGCUGGAAAUUAUAUUACAAUGGGACGGACAAUUAUUGGAUAAUCACAGGAGAUAUGAGCGACAAGUAUCGAUUUCGUGUUCAAGCUGAAAAUGCAUACGGAUUCGGUGGUUGGAGCAGAUCCAGCCCAAUCAUUGAUUUAACGGAAGCUAACGGUGGAAUAUUAGCGGCUCAACAACACCUUGGUUUAGUGUUGGGACUUAGCGUUCCUGUUAUCACUAUUGUGCUCAUUUGCUUCUGUUAUUUCCUUUGCCUGUAUCGGCAACGCAAAGAAGAUAAAAAGGCGAUUUUACCUCCCUUAGUGAGCGACGUUGAGUUAGCGACGCUACGAGAGAUACCACGUGGCAAUUUCGUCCAAUCCAACGCGUUGUACGCAUCCACUUUGCAAAACGAUCCGGACGAUUCUACGCUUCCUAAGAUCAGAAGAGAACAGAUCACGUUAGCGAAAUUUUUAGGUAGCGGGGCUUUUGGAGAAGUAUUCCAAGGGAACGCGAAGGAUUUGGAGAGACCAGGAAUUACGCCAGUUGCAAUCAAAACGCUUCGAAAGGGAGCCUCGGCGCAGGAGAAGGCAGAGUUUCUUCAGGAAGCUAGACUUAUGAGUCAUUUUCGACAUAAGCACGUAUUAAGACUGUUGGGAGUGUGUUUAGAUACGGAUCCACCGUUACUGGUGCUGGAACUAAUGGAAGCAGAUUUACUGAGUUAUUUAAGGGCGAGUCGAUCUCUGCAUCCAUCCGAUCCACACGCGCUACGUUUGCAGGAUUUGCUUGCUAUGUGCGAGGAUGUGGCAAGGGGAUGCCGUUAUUUAGAGGAGUUACAUUUUGUACAUAGAGAUCUGGCAUGUAGGAACUGUUUGGUAUCUGCCAGAGAUCGAGAGAACCGUGUUGUCAAGAUUGGUGAUUUUGGAUUGGCAAGAGAUAUAUAUAAGAACGAUUACUAUCGGAAAGAGGGAGAGGGAUUACUUCCUGUUCGAUGGAUGGCUCCUGAAUCAUUAGUGGAUGGUGUAUUCACUUCACAGAGUGAUGUCUGGGCAUUUGGAGUGUUAAUGUGGGAAAUUACAUCCUUGGGGCAACAGCCGUAUCCUGCUAGAACAAAUAUCGAAGUAUUACAUCACGUACGAGCAGGUGGAAGAUUGCCAAAACCUUUGAACUGUCCAUCUGCUUUACAUCAACUUAUGUUGCGCUGUUGGAGUGUUGCUGACGCUAGACCGAGCUUUAAACUUUGUCUUGAAAACAUAGUUAGUCUUCGAAGUACUAUAGAGGAUGCACAAUUGAACCCGGUUCAUGCUGAUCAUUAUUUAGCUAGAAGAGGGAAUUCAUGGAAAUCCAGUAGUUCAGAAGGCAGUCGAGAUAUGCAACCGUUCCUACAGAAUUCCCACAAUACGAUAUCACAGCCGAAUGAAGUACCGAAAUAUUUAGAAAUAUUAGCGGAUAAUGAGGAUAUUGUUCUAAGGCAAAAUUCGACAAAUGGAUACGAAGUGCCUCGGUCGAUUCAUAUCUCUGAUCAAAGUUUAACCAAUACAAAUAAAGCUAGUACAAAUGUAGAUGUAAAGAGCAAUUUGCAUUCUGACGAACAGAAAGACGUUUUGGCAGAUGCUAAAGAACAGUCGGAAAGAAAAUGUGAUAAAAGAUCGUCGAUAUCUAGUUUGAAUUUACCAAAGCGUAAAAGAGCAUCGAUCACGAGUAUGAUUGAAAAAUGUAACACUUUAGAUAGUUCGAAAUUAACGAAUCCUACUAUUAAAGCGAUUUUGAAAACAGACUCGUUUACAUCGUUGAUCGAUCAGAGGAAGAAUAAAAGGAACGUGACUGAACGACGAGGAUCUGAAUUAAGUUUAGAAGGUAGAAGUUCUAGUUCUUUAAGCUCGAAUAUUAGUUUAGCUCCACCAACUCGACCUAGUUCGUCAUUAAUUAGUUCACAAAAUGUUCUUCCGUUAAAGAACAGCGUUAUUGGAGGAACCAGUGAAUCAGUCGAUAAUAACGUUAUGAAGAAUGCAUUACCAAAAAUUCAAAGGACUCAUUCCAAUUUGCAAAAUGGUACAGCUAACAUACCUUUGGUGAUAAACAGUGCAUUAUUGAACUUAUUAAGGCAAACUCCGGUUGUCGAAGAUAGUAACAAUAUAGUCACGUAUACGAAUAUCAAUACGGAUGCUGUGAGAGUAAAUGGAUCGUGAAGUUAAAGGUGUGAUGAAUCACGUUACAAUAACAGAAUCGUAAUUUUAGUAAUAACUCGGUAUUGAAACUGGGAAUGAGUGUAAAGUUCCAUAGCUUUGAACUGCCAUAUUAACAUAUGUACAUAUUUAAGUUUUGAUAUUUGAAAUUCUCACAUGACCAUGGCAGAAAAAUUUAGUUGAUAAUCAUACUUGUUGUUUUGCAUCUAAGAAAGGAGAAUAGCUCUAGAGUAUUAUGUGGUGAUUAAUCUGCGAUAGUUUUAUACUUGUUGUUGCAAUUAAUGUAUUUAUUUAAUGACACAAAAGUACGAAAUUUUCACCGUUCAUUGUACAAAUUUCAUAUUUAGCGUUAAUAUAAAGUACAGUACGGAAAUUGAUAUUCAUAUUACACGUAAGGAUUUGUUAAGUUUUACAUAUAAAUAUAGCGAUUCUUUUUAAAACAGUAAUUAAGAACAAAUUUUUGCAAAUAUUAAACUUCAUGUGACUGAACUGAGAAUUUUCUAAACGUGUAUUUUCAAAUUCUAUUAUUGAUAUUUUAUAAAUCAAUAAAAUUUGAAAAGAUUUGUAAAUAUUUUAUUAAUAUAAAUUUUUUAUUUUCUUAAUCUCAGUCAUUCUUUUCAUAAAAGUAUUAAAACAAUAUUGUAAAUAUUCAUCCAAUAAAUUUAGUAAACAAAAUAUAAAGUCGUAGUAGUAAGUACAAAGACUGGGUGCAUAUUUUUCAAAAACAAUUUUUCAUAAUUCCAUAUAAUUUUCAUAUUAAAACAGUUUAUAAAAAAUAAAUUGGUAAAAAAUUAAUAAAUUAAAAUAAGUACAUUAACAAAUAGCAUUCAAUAUUUUAUUAUUAAAUAUAAGAAAAAAUAGUCCCAUAAUUUUUUGCAAAAUAUCAUAGUCUACUUUAAAAAUAUCCUAUUCAUACAAUGUUAUUUCCCAUCCUUUCCUUCAUAUUUUUUAAGUAAAAAUGAAUCAAAUUCUGUAAAUACUUUCAAUUACUAUGUUAGAAAAUAUAUUUCUAAGUAAUCCUAUAUACAUUGUAUGAAUUCUGUAUAUUUU